GCUGCAGGCGCGGGAAGCGGGAAAUUGCGACGUUCGAACUCUUCCAUGGAGUUCAUGCAAAGGACGAGGGGACGAAAGUCCCGGGUGGCGUGCAGCUAUCCCUGCGCUCUCCAGCUGUACAAACUCCCUCCCACGGAGGUGGUGAGUCUGCAAGAGUUCGAGGAGCUGGCCGAGAAGCGGCUGAGACUUUUGCAGGCGGUGGAGAGCAAGAGGGUGAAGCUGGCUCACGACGGAGUCCACAGGAACAACGAGGAAUACGAGACUCACAUGAAACCAGUAGUGAAGGGGGCAGACACCAUUCCACUAGGGUUGCACCAAGAGUUUGAUAAUGUGCUGACUCUUGACGAGCGGAAGAGGAAGGAGAAUGUCCUGAGGAGACAGCAGGAAAACAGACGAAGAGACCACAUCUCUCACUACAUCCUCCGACUUGCCUACUGCCGCACAGAGGAAAUGAGGCGGUGGUUUCUCACACAAGAAACAGAGCUUCUCAGGUGUCGCUUUGCGUAUCUUUGCCAUCAAAUCGACAAGGAGGAGAUUUUUCACAGAAUAUGAGAAAGAUUUGAACUUUGUUCAUGUCGAGGCGACUGAACUGGACGAAACUACACUGUCAGAGGUUCAGUUGUUCUACAGUGGAAAUUCAGAGCUGACAUCAUGCAUCAAGGUUCCAUUCACAGCUGCCCUAGAUCUGGUCCAGUCUCGUCAAGUAGUGAUAAAGAAUGGCUACGGGUACGUUCCUCACAAAGACGACUUACUUCUCUCCCUGGUGUGCAACAAGUUCAGAACCAGGGUCUCCGAGGAGCUGGUGAAAACGCUGCAUCACCUGGCGGUUGUCGACGACGACGAGCGACUGGCACCGUUCCUGAAGAGACUAAAAGAUCGCUAUCUUGGCGAAGAUUUCAACACCGGAACUGAAAUAAGUGGCCAAGUUCAUCCCUCCCAGAUAAAUACACUGAGCAAGGAAUCGUUCCCUCCCUGCAUGCGGAACCUCCAUGAGACUCUGAGGUCAGAACACCAUCUGAAGCACUUUGGCCGUCUCCAGUAUGGAUUAUUCCUCAAGAGUAUCGGGCUUUCUUUAGACGGUGCUCUGGCGUUUUGGAGAGCGGAAUUCACAAAGAAAAUGGACCCAGACAAGUUUGACAAACAGUAUGCGUACCAUGUGAGACACAGCUACGGCAAAGAGGGGAAGAGAGCCAACUACACUCCCUACUCCUGCAUGAAGAUCAUCAUGUCUAACACACCCACCCAGGGAGAUCACCACGGAUGUCCGUUUCGUCACUGGGACCGAAGUCACAUGACUACCAUGCUCCAGUCACACGGACUCUCUAGCAAGGACGGUCAGAGUGUGCUGGAGUUUGUGGAGAGCUCACACUAUCAACUCGCCUGCCAAAAGUACUUCGAAAUCACCCACAAGUUGCAGUCGGCACCGUUCAGUCUGGAGCAUCCGUCGCAGUAUUUUGCCGAGAGUCGCAGGGUGAGGGGAGGUCUUGAUUCCAUGCCAAAGACGGAGCCGGGUGGAAUGGAAUCUGGUCAGGGAGACGCCAGUGGAGUGGAAUGUGAAGACGAGUCUGUUGCUAUGGAUGUGACUGCAGAGAUUUCACCCCUAGCAAGGUUUGACCUGGAUGCAGCCAUCAUCUUCAGCGAUAUCCUUGUUGUCCCACAAGCAAUGGGAAUGACUGUGGAGAUGGUGAAGGGAAAGGGACCACAUUUCCCCGAGCGACUGGACAGCCCAGAAGACAUGAAGAAACUCUCUCUGUCGGUGGAUGUCGACAAAGAGCUGGGCUAUGUCUUCUCCGCAAUCUCCCUCACCAGACGGAGACUGGAGGGGAAAGUGCCUCUCAUUGGCUUCUGUGGCGCUCCAUGGACGCUCAUGUCCUACAUGAUAGAGGGUGGGGGUAGCAACACCAUCAGCAGGGCGAAGGCUUGGCUCUACCGACACAAGGACGCCAGUCACCAGCUGCUGCAGGCCAUUACCGACGUCUGCGUGGAGUAUCUGGAGGGACAGGUCAAAGCCGGGGCUCAGGCUUUGCAGGUGUUUGAAUCUCAUGCUGGUAUACUUGGUACGAAGCAGUUUGAGGAAUUUUCUCUCCUCUACUUGACACAAAUUGCCAAUAAACUGAGGGAGCGACUGCAACAGAGUGGACUGCCCAAUGUUCCAUUGAUUGUCUUUGCCAAAGGAGCUCACUACGCUCUGCCCGAUCUCGGAUCCAGCGGGUAUGAUGUCGUCGGAAUUGACUGGACCCACGACCCCAGCGAAGCCAGACGAGCUGUUGGGGGUGGAGUCUGUCUCCAAGGCAACCUCGACCCUUGUGCACUAUAUGGUUCAAAAGAAGACAUAGUGGGAAGGGUGCAGGAGAUGGUGAGAGGGUUUGGACGGCAGAGCUGGAUUGCAAACCUCGGUCACGGGAUCUAUCCAGACAUGGAUCCCGAGCAUCUGAAGGUGUUUGUGGAUUCCGUUCAUUCCCUGUCACAGCAGUCCGUCUGACCGAUGGGGGGGCAGUGUAAUGAUAUUCAUGACCUUGUGGGACUCCAAUCAUGUCUCUACUCCAUUAACUUUGGCAGGGUUCAUUGGGGUUAAUAAUACUUGAGGUAAAAUUUUCAUGGGACGCAGAUGUCGACAGCAAAUAUUUAUGCUGAAUCCACACUCCAUAAUAAAGUGUUUAAUGAACAAAGAUCGAAUGCCAAACAUGUCGGUCUAUUUAUACAAGACAGUCUCAUUGGUCGUGAUUCAAAUUCAAAAACUGCUCAGACUCUCUGCGCAGUGUGUUUAGUCGGAGCCAAAGUAGGUCAUUCCGAAGUGGGAGGGGGAACACGGGUGCACCUCUGACGUCAGUAUCGUGAUUUUGGGAUAGUCCUUGAGUAGUUUGUGUACUCCGCGGGGUGUUGCGAAGAGAGAAAUGAUGUGAAUCUUCUCUUCUCUGACGCCGUGUUCUUUGAGGAUGUUUAGAGCUUCUUUGGCUGUGGCGCCAGAUUCUGGAGAGAGGCAAUGGAGGAAUGAGGAAGGCAGAGAGGAUAGAGAGAGAGAAAGGAGGGGCGGAGGGAAGAG